UGUUUAUUGUAAUGUUUAUUGUUUCUGCUUUCGGUGCAUUUGGCAUCCUAUGUACAACACUCUCCUCUUUAUAAAAGAGAGUGAGCUUCUCCUUGUGUAAUACAACGUAUAUCAAUCUUAAUACAUACAAUUUAUUCUCUCUGUAAUUCUCUCUCUAUCAAUUUAUCUUACAUGGUAUCAGAGCUAAGUUAAGAACUUAGUAUUUUUCGCUUCACCGGCGGGCGGCAACCUCGCCUUGGCCGCCCGCCGGACCUCAACCUAGUCCGCUAGAAUUUUUUACACAUACCUUCACUCUUCUUCACCACCUCGCCGAAGCAAACCCAAAAUCCCUCUGGGACAUUUCGUCGAACACCAUGUCUGCAACAAUGAUGGGCAUGACACACACACAGAGAUGAGGCUGCUAACCCACAACAUGCUAUCAUCCAACAUCAAGGGGGUCACCAACGACUUUCCUCUCCGAAUCGAAGUCCAGAAAGUGAUCGAAAAGCCUGUGGAUUUCAACCCCGACUUUCUUCGACACAUGUUCCCCAAGAUCGACUGGAACGCUCUCGUCGGAGCCUCUCAGACCAUGGGCUACCCUGACCUUCCCGACUCCGCUGACGCCGCCAUGCUCGACUCCGACGACUUUCUCCGGCGCUUCCAUCACUCCCUCCUCAAGCUCCACCUCGAAGAGGGCGCCCUCCUCUGCCCCAAGACCAGCCGUCGAUUCCCAGUCAUCAAGGGCAUCCCCAACAUGCAUCUUCAUGAAGACGAGCUUCAGGAACCAGCAGUCUGAUCCCACUGACCGCUGCGAGAUCCGCCUUGAAGAUCCCUCCUCCGGCGAGCUCUUCGCCGCCUGCUUCGUCCUUCCCGGCCAGCGUGGCACCUCCAUCCGUCGCCGCACUCAUGCCGUGCUGGACUUGCUGUGGUGCUACUGCUUUCUGCUUCACUAUGUUGCUCCAACAUGCUGCUCCACUACUCGAAGCUUCCUCCCCCAUGGCGAGUCGAAGUGAUGAAAACAUUUUUAAUCAACCCACUCUCUCUCUCUCUCUGGUCCCUUUCUCUCCACCAGACCCACUUUAAUC